AUCGCAACCAGUCAAUGUUAUUGUUUUGGCGCCGAAAUUCCAAUUCGUGUCAUUGUUUUGCUACACAAUUCAACAUUUUCCAAUUUUAAUUUUCGUCGCCAGAUUCCCAGUGGAAAAUGCCGAUUUUAGUGAAAACGAAAAGCGAUAGCGGAUUGCAAGAAUGGGGCAUCGUGGAGCUACAAGGUGAUUUGGAAGUGCGCGGCGAAGAAAUGAUGGAUAACCAAUUUAUCGGUGAUUUGAAUUACGAUAAAUAUGGGCAACCGAUUUUAAUAAUCGGUCAUCACAUUCUGCAUGGAAAAGAGCACAAAAUGGAGAAGCCAUUUGCCGUAUUGGAAAAGGUGGUUCGUGAUGCCGACGCCGCAGAGAUUGAAGAGAUGGAUUUGAAUCAAACGGCGAACCUUGACACCACAGCCAAUCGAACCGUUCUGGACUCCACCAUUGCCAUUGAGCAUAAAAGUCAAACAACGACCGAAUACCGUGUCCGAGCAAUCGUCCGCAAGAAGUUGGUGUUUAAAACACGACCAAAACCGAUCAUUGCCAACGUUGCUAAAACCGUCUAAGCUAUAAAUACACAAUUCCAAUCUUAAGAUUUUAUUAAGCAAAAGAAAAACACAAUUUCAUUCUUCAAAUGAGUAACUUUGUAUUUAUUUUGAUGGGAGAGAAAACCCAAAUGCACAAAAGCACAACUUUUCUGAAUAUACUGUACUCGAGAAAAAAAAAUGAACGAUUGUUAUAAGUUAAGUUAAAGUAAAUAAAGGUAAAUGAAUUCGAUAUCAGA